CCAGCUGAGGCACCUUUCGCGGGCUGAGAGCGACGGCAGCACCCAUGGGGCUGGGUCCGCGCGCCCUCCAUAAAGCCGGGCGCCGGUUCCCAGCUGGCGGCAAACGAGGGCGCGGCGCCAAGGGGUCGGGGCGCCCCUCAUCAGGCCGCCAGCGACAAGUCUGCCCGCCUCGGGACGGGCGCUCGCAGCCGGCCCUAGAAGCGCACCCUCACCUGAGCCCCGAAGCGCUGGGGUAUUUCCGCCGGGCGCUGUCGGCGCUGAAAGAGGCCCCGGAGACCGGCGAAGAACGAGAGCUGAUGGUGCACAAUGUUUUGAAGGAAGCGGAGGCGCAGGCCCUCGCCUUGGCCACAAACAGGACUGGCAGUGAGAUGCUGCAGGAACUGUUGGGGUUCAGUCCCCUGAAACCUCUGUGUCGAGUAUUGGCUGCUCUGCGCUCCAACUUGCGCUCUGUGGCCUGUCAUCGAUGCGGGGUCCACGUAUUGCAAAGUGCUUUGCUGCAGCUUCCUCGAUUGUUGGGGAGCCCUAUGGAGGAUGAGGAGGUGGAGGAGGAUGGGAAGGAUCGUCCCCUGGAGACCCUGGAGGAGCUGGUCCUGGGACUGUCCUCUGAGGUGUGUGAUGAUUUUCUUUUCUACUGUGGAGACACACAUGGCAGCUUCGUGGUCAGAACUCUGCUGCAGGUGUUAGGAGGGACUCUUCUGGAGUCUGAGAGAGCCAGACACCGUGGCUCCCAGUCACCUGAGGCACAAAGGGCUCCAGCUCGGGAAUGUAAACCAACUGAUUUCGAGGUUCCUGAAUCCUUCUUGAAUCAUCUUCAGGACCUGAGCUCCUGCUUUCUAAAGGACAUUGCUGUGUUUAUCACCGAUAAGAUCUCCAGUUUUUGCUUUCAAGUGGCCUUACAGAUCUUACACCGAAAACUGCCCCAGUUUUGUGCCCACCUCUGUGAUGCUGUGAUUGAUUUUCUGAGUAACCGUAAUUCCUCAGCAGAUGGCAGCCCUCUACUGCUGUUUCUGCGGGAUCAAACGAGCUCCAGACUGCUGGAGCAGGUGCUGUUGGUUUUGGAGCCCCUGAAGCUCCAGAGCCUUUUUGAAGAUCACUUCCAAGGGCAGCUGCAGACCCUGGCUGCACAUCCUAUUGCCAACUUCCCUUUGCAGCGUUUAUUAGAUGCUAUCACUACCUCUGAGCUGCUGUCCCCUGUGUUUGAGGAGCUGAGCCCUGCCCUGGAAGCUGUACUGGCACAGGGUCACCCAGGGGUAGUCAUUGCCCUGGUGGGAGCCUGCCGCAGAGUUGGGACCCACCAAGCCCAGGUCCUGCAGCUGUUGUUAGAGGCAUUCCACUGUGCAGAGCCCUCUUCCCGGCAAGUGGCCUGUGUGCCUCUCUUUGCCACUUUGAUGGCUUAUGAGGUGUACUAUGGACUGGUGGAAGAGGAAGGGGCAGUGCCUGCGGAGCACCAGGUUGAAAUGGCCACAGCCAGGGCCCUGGGGGAAGUGACAGUCCUCGGAUCUCUACUGCUCCAGCAUCUGCUGUACUUCUCCACUCCUGGCCUUAUACUUCGAAGUCUGGGUGUCUUGACGGGACCACAACUUCUGACUCUGGCCCAAAGUCCUGCUGGUUCCCAUGUGCUUGAUGCCGUCCUAACCAGCCCUUCUGUGACACGCAAGCAGCGCCGCCAUGUGCUCAAGACCCUAAAGGGACAAUAUGUGGCUCUGGCUUGCAGUCGCCAUGGCAGCCGUGUAUUAGAUGCCAUCUGGGGUGGAGCAGCCUUGGGGGCCCGGAAGGAAAUUGCUGCUGAGCUGGGAGAGCGGAACCAGGAGCUGAUAAAAGACCCCUUUGGCCACCAUGUGGCUCGAAAUGUGGCCCUGACUACCUUCCUGAAGCGUCGAGAGGCUUGGGAACAGCAGCAGGGGGCGGUGGCCAAACGGAGGCGGGUUUUGAACUCAAUUCUUGAAGACUGAGGCCUUGGGAUCUGGGACUGAGUGUUGAUGGGGAAGGAGAAAAGGGUGUGUCUAUCCUGUCCCCUUACUAAUUUAAAUUGGAAUCAUUGAAGUCAAAAGUCUUAUUGGUAAACAUUUUUAUAUUUUUA